AUGCCCCUCACCCCCGAGGAAACCGCCCUCGUCGACGCCGCCACAUCAACUAUAAACGGUAUCCCCAUCUCAGAUACCUACAGCGUCGCCAGCGCCGCGCGGUCGAUCGACGGACGUAUCUUCACCGGCGUCAACGUCUUCCACUUCACCGGCGGGCCCUGCGCCGAGCUUGUCGUUCUGGGCUCCGCAGCGGCGGCCGGAGCCACGCAGCUGACGCAUAUUGUUGCAGUUGGGAGCGAGGACCGGGGCAUUAUGAGUCCGUGUGGACGCUGUCGGCAGACGUUGAUUGAUUUGCAGCCGGGGAUCAAGGUGAUUGUGCUUGAUCGGGGGGAGCCGAGGGCUGUGGGGGUUGACGAGUUGUUACCGUUUGCGUAUCUUGUGGGUUGA